CAUAAGUCAUAACAUAACCUCUUUUCAUUGUUGAAUAACCUUAUAAUUUUAAAAUGUUUAAAUUAUUAAAAACAUUACAGACAUUUAAACCAACAAUUUCUAAAGAAAUAUCGACAGCAUGUCUUAUAUCAAGCAAUAUUUCGAAUAAUAGGCUAAUCAACCAAAACGUACGCCUGUUCAGUAGUGAUCAAAAUAAUACUCAAUCCAGCAAAUCGAAUUUUAAUACUGUAUAUAGACUUCCUUUUAUAAAAUACUUUUCAGUUAUCAAUAGGGUAAAGUUUUACCAAACAGUUUUAACAGGAAUCACAAUACCUACUUCAUUUGCGUUGAAUUUAAUGAACUUGAUUAGUACAGAAACUUUUCAAGUCAUUUCGAUAAUAGGCAUUACUGGAUGCAUUUCACUUUACGGAGCAGGUCAUGUAACAUCCAAGUUUAUAGGAUUUAUAUAUUAUGAUGAAGAACGAGAUGUAGCCAAAAUAGCGUAUGUCGAUUUUUGGGGUUGGAGAAAAGAUGUAGAAAUGCCUGUUUCGGAUAUUGUUCCAAGUGAAGACAUACCGUUUUCUGUUACUAAUAAACUGUAUAUGAAAUUUAAAAGAUAUUCUACACCAGAAGUGUUAAAGUACAAUUUGAGGCUAGGCAUUAUUUAUGAUGGUGAACAAUUAAAGAAAGUUCUAUAGUU